AUCUAGUGACAACUCUACAACCAAUCCAUAAACAAAAAAAUUUUUGUGUAAACUAAAAACAGAAGCGUUGAAAGGCGAAACUUUAGUUUAAUUUUGCCUUUUAUAAUUUGUUAAAUUUUUGUUCAGAGCAUGGAAUGCUAACAGGCCCUCACCAGGUACUGUUGCGGAAGUACAUAGAUUCAGUCCAGCCACACCAACAACGCAUUUAAUCAAUGUUCUCCAACGGAUUGCCGUGCAAUCUGUCGUUUCCGAGCUGUCUCAGUGUUCCAAAAGACGAGAUCGGUAAUGAAGAGCUCUUGCCAUCCAAUAUGGGAACCAGGGAGCCUGUCAUUCUCAACGUCUACGACAUGUACUGGAUCAAUGAGUACACAACGUCAAUUGGUCUCGGCGUAUUCCAUUCCGGUGUAGAGGCGUUCGGAACAGAAUUCGCCUACGGCGGACACCCGUUUCCCUUUACGGGGGUAUUCGAAAUAUCUCCGCGGGAUCACGACGAACUGGGGGACCAGUUCCAGUUUAGGCAGAGCAUUCAAAUCGGCUGCACCGACUUCACGUACGAGGAAGUGCGCCGGAUUGUUGAGGAAUUGGGCAAUCAAUUUCGCGGCGAUCGUUACCACCUUAUGAACAAUAAUUGCAAUCAUUUUUCUGGCUCCUUGACACAGAUACUUUGCGGCCAAGAAAUACCUAGCUGGGUCAAUCGUUUAGCGCAUUUCAGCUCCUGUGUGCCAUUUCUACAAAGGUGUUUGCCCAAAGAGUGGCUGACACCAAAUGCCUUGCAGCAGAGCAUAACCACAAUCCAAGAGCGCGAAGACUCCGACAACAGUCCGCUUUGAGACAUUUGAGACCUGAUCGAAAAAUACGAAAAUCACUUGCGAACACUCCCCCAAGCGAUCACACAACAAAGUUCACUCCCAAUUGCAGUCCGAAGACCAACGUUGUUAAGUUAAAUUGUGCGAAAUGAUAUGAUGAUGGGUUACUCAAAUUUACAUGGGCAUAUUAUACAUGAACAAACAUUCAUUUCCAAGCCAACAAACGCCCCAAGCCCAAAAACACAAACCCAAAUCCAGAAACCAGAAACAAAAAGAAAAAAACUAUUAUUAAUAGACUUAAUUAGGCGAUAUAUACAUAUACAUACAUACUUACGUACAUGCAUAGAUACAUAGAUACAUAUACAUGCGAAGUGACUAAAUUAUUGGCUAUUGUAAUUUGUAUUUGUAAUACGACUAUUCAGAGUUAAGAUAUUAUUAAGUGGCCGGUUAAAUUUAAGUAGCAGAGCAGAGCAGAGCAGGCGCAGUUAGCAGCAGCUGCAGCAGCAGUGUCAUUUAUAGAAUUUUAAAUUAACAACUGAGAGAAACAUCGAGAAAUCAUUAUUAGGCACUUGCAAACAAACAGACAUACAUACA